AUGCGCCAUCAUCUCAUAGAAGGUCUUAAGGAUCAGUACAUGAAUAUUGAGAAUCCAUUGGAUCUUUGGAAUGCUUUAAAGCACAGAUAUGAUCACCAAAAGAUGGUGUUGCUUCCAAAGGCAAGGCACGACUGGAUGCAUCUCAGAUUCAUGGACUUUAAGUCCGUGGAUGAGUAUAACUCAGCCUUGUUCAAAAUCGUCUCAAUACUAAAGCUGUGUGGUGAAGAAGUAUCCGAUGUGAUGAUGCUUGAAAAGACCUAUACGACUUUCAAUCAGUCGAACUCUGCAAACAAUGAGCUUCUCAUGAAGAACAGUGGAGCUAGACCGGCCGGGACAGCACCAUUACCCGAAGCCCAUGAGGUUGAAAAGAAAGAUCCCAAAGAAACUUACUACGCCCAAGACAACAGGAAACCAUACGGUCAUGGCCGUGGUGGGUACAGGGGGCGUAGGCGUGACAAUCAUAACGGACGAGAUAACUACUCAACCGGCUGA